AUGUCUGGCGAAGCGUGGUUAUACCUCCUCGCCGUCCUCAUAAAUGCCGUCAACCUGUUCCUCCAAGUCUUCUUCACCAUCAUGUACAGCGAUCUGGAAUGCGACUACAUCAACCCCAUUGACCUCUGCAACCGCCUCAACACCUACAUCAUCCCCGAAGCCGCUGUCCACGGAUUCCUGACGUUCUUGUUCCUGAUUAACGGCUACUGGGUGCCGCUGAUCCUGAACCUGCCGCUGCUUGCCUACAACAUCAAGAAGAUUGUCGACAACACCCACUUGCUGGAUGCUACCGAGAUCUUCCGCAAGCUGAACGUCCACAAGAAGGAGUCCUUCGUGAAGCUCGGCUUCCACCUCGUCAUGUUCUUCUUCUACCUCUACAGCAUGAUCUCGCGACCAAAUCCUCCAACCGCGACGCAACCGCCUUUCAACCCCCAAAUCUUCCGCGAACAGACGACCAUAACCAAGAUGUCGGGCUUUGGAGAGUACACGCCAAACAUGGCUCCUCAGGACGCCCUGAUUGUGCGUCAGGAAGCAGAGCCCGACCACGCCGUCGUCCCCUACACCGGCGAGGACCUUGCCCGCCCGAAGCUGGGGCCCGCGAACCCAUUCAAAGACGAGACAAACACCACCCUGAAGCGCAAAAACGUUCUCACGGGGACGGCGGAAGAGACUUUCCUGUCAGAACAUACCUUCCGCAGCAAGCACCGCGCGAUCGAGCGGAAAGGAGGACCGGAGCGCGAGUACCAGACGGGCGAGGCGGUCAAAGAGGAGGCGGCGAGGAUACGCUCCGGGCGCGAGAAGAAGGGCGACGCAUCGAUUGCGGAGGGCGACGGCGCAUAUGUCGGGCCCUGGGCGCGGUACCGUCGCGAGGAGUAUGAGGUCGUCCGCGAGGGGGAGGAGCUUGCGAGCGACGAGGAAUACGAAGAAGUCACGGACGACGACGAUGUGGUGGAGAGCGGCACCGUCGUGCGCGCACCCGAGGCCGCCCUGACUAGGAGGAUGGAGGUCGAGGAGAUGGGCGAGGAGACGACGACUUUCCACGGCGCCGCGGAGCGGGACUACCAGGGCCGGACGUACAUGCACGUCCCGCAGGACCUGGACGUCGACCUGCGCAAGGAGAUCGGCAGCAUCACGAACUACAUCCCCAAGAAGCAGAUCCACACCUGGCGCGACCACGGCAAGGCCGUCACGGCGCUGCGCUUCUUCCCGGGGUCGGGCCACCUGCUGCUCUCGGCCUCGGCGGACUCGACGGUCAAGAUCUGGGACGUCUACCACGAGCGCGAGCUGCUGCGGACGUACUCGGGCCACUCGAAGGCGGUGGCGGAUGCGACAUUCAACAACGACGGCACGCGGUUCCUGUCGGCGAGCUUCGACCGGCAGAUCAAGCUGUGGGACACGGAGACGGGCAGCUGUCUGGGCAAGUUCUCGACGGGCAAGACGCCGCACGUCGUGCGCUUCAACCCGUCUGCGGAGCAUGCGCAUGAGUUUGUGGCGGGCAUGUCGGAUAAGAAGAUUAUCCAGUGGGAUACCCGCGCCGGCAACGAGAUUGUGCAAGAAUACGACCACCAUCUGGCCGCAAUCAACACAAUCACCUUCGUCGACGAGGGUCGCCGCUUCAUGACGACAUCAGACGACAAGUCGCUGCGCGCGUGGGACUACAACAUCCCCGUGCCGAUCAAGUACAUCGCGGAGCCGUACAUGUACCCGAUGACGCGGGCGGCGCCACACCCGAGCGGCAAGUACGUCGCGUUCCAGUCGUCGGACAACCAGAUCGUCGUGUACGGGGCCAACGACAAGUUCCGGCAGAACCGCAAGAAGUCGUACCGCGGGCACAACAACGCGGGCACGGCCAUCGACGUGGACGUGUCGCCCGACGGGCAGUUCCUGGCGAGCGGCGACACGCAGGGCUACGUCUGCUUCUGGGACUGGAAGACGUGCAAGAUGUACCACAAGCUGAAGGCCGGCGACCAGGCCGUCACGUGCGUCGCGUGGCAUCCGCAGGAGACGAGCAAGUUUGUCUCGGCCGGCGCGGAGGGGGAUAUCCGGUACUGGGACUAA